UACAAUCCGUUUGCCCCCCCAAAAAAAAAAUCAUAAUAUAGAAUACCUAACAUUACAAAACGAAUAAGUUUUGAUUUACGUUUUUGAAUAUCGUGUUUAAAGAAUAUUGUGUUUAAAACCGUUUUUUUUUUUCAAUACUUUUCUACACAAUAUUUUCCGUCAUAUAGAAUAGUGCGUGUACGAAAUCAACAAAACGAAUCGAUGAACAACAAGCAAGGAUUAGAACGUGAAUUUUGCAGAAAAUAUUCAACAACGAGGUGUGGAGAGAAGUAGUUCGUGAACACGAAGAAUUAAGAAAAUAGUAAGACAUUCAGCACCAAAGAUUGUUGCAAUGACAAAACGUUUCCGAUAGUAAAUUUGAAAAAGAGGCAGCACAAUUAAUUGUGCAAGAGUGAGUGUAAUCAAAUGUGAGUGUGAAUGUGUGUUUUUUUUUAUUAAUUCGCUUCGAUUUGGGCUGGAGCUGUUGAAAAAUGUAUGACAAGAUGUGUGAUGCAGCGGCAGUCCAGAUUUUUUGAAAAUGAUAAUGAAGUGUUCAUUUUCAACGGCGAUCAAGUCACGACAUAUCGUUUAUUUUAAUUGGAUUAAAACAAAGUGUAUGGGAAAAUGUGCGCAAUGUGCCAUUUUCAACGUAGAAUAUAGUGCAAGUAAGACAGAAAGGGAGCUAUUGAAAAGAAAGCUAUUAUCGAAUCAGUGAAAAAGGAAACAGCACCUCAAUGUAAGCAAUGUCAAUAGAAUAAAAAAAAAAUAAUAAUAAUAGUAAUAAAAACAACGACUCCCACAUUAAUUUUAUUUAUUUUAUUUGGGUGCAUUUAUUUUGGUUUUAAUUUUCGCGUAAAUUUUAAUUGAAAAACAACGUCACCUGGCCUAUGGAACAUUAAUAUUGUAUUGGCAAAAGUUGCGCAGACAAUCAAUAUUGUGUAAAUUCAGUUAUUUAACGUCUCACACGGUCAUUUGUAAUAAUUAAAAUAAAACAAGUCAAGAGAGAGAAAUAAGGCGAGAACGAGUGAAAAUAAUGAUCACACAAUAAUCGUGUGAAUAAAGUGUGUGCGCUCUUUUUUUUUGAGGAGAAAACCAACAGCAGCAACAACAACAGGAGAGUUUCGAAUGCCAGUGUGUAUGUGUUUGUGUGUGACAUCGUGUGAAUUAUUCGGAUAAAGUGAAUAAAAACGAAAACAAAGAGCUCCAAACAACAGCGACAUACAUUAAUAAUGCCAAAUCGAUGAGAUGAAAAUGAGAAACAAUCGACUGUUUCUUGGAGUUGUUCUAUUCGCAUUUAGAAUAAGAAUCGUAUGCAGUUUUGCGUCAUCGAUAAUUUGCAGCCGUGUUCCUGGUUUGACACAAGCCCAACGGCAAUUGUGCAGUGAAGCACCCGAUGCGUUCAUUGCACUUGGUGAUGGUCAUAUGCUUGGUGCCGAAGAAUGUCAAUAUCAAUUUAAAGGUCAUCGUUGGAACUGUACACAAGUUUGGAAAAAAGAUGUUUUCUCACACAUUGUCAUUGUUGGUUCCCGUGAGGCAGCAUUUACAUAUGCCAUAUCAAGUGCGGGCGCUGUGCACGCAAUUACGGCUGCAUGCGCUCGGGGUAAUAUCUCAUUGUGCGGUUGCGAUUCAAGCAUUCGACUUCAGUUGCCAUAUGCAAAACAAUUGGAACAGCAUCAACAAACUUGGAAAUGGGGUGGCUGUUCGGCAGACAUAAAUUUUGGUAUGAAAUUUGCACGGAAAUUCUUCGAUGCGCGUGAAAUUGAAGGUGAUGCCCGAAGUCUCAUGAACUUGCAUAAUAAUCGCGCCGGCCGAAAGUUGGUGAAAAAUUUGUUGCGAACUGAUUGUAAAUGCCAUGGCGUAAGUGGAUCAUGUGCAAUGAAAACGUGCUGGAAGAGUUUGCCGCCAUUUCGUGUCAUCGGCGAUGUACUUAUGAAAAGAUACCACAAAGCCAAAAGUGUUGAGGCCGUUAUUGAUCGGCAUGCAACACGCGCAUCGGGCCUACACAAUGAAAACAAUUUAAGUUUAGUUAUAAAACGCGAUCGAACGACCUCACUGCAUGGUAAUCGCCGUAAAUUUGAAACACCGAAACGCUUAGAGCUCGUCCAUUUAGAUCCAUCGCCGCAAUAUUGUGAACGAAAUUUGAGCACUGGAUCGCUUGGCACCGUUGAUCGGCCAUGCAAUCUAACCGCACAUGGUCUGAAUAGUUGUGAUCUAUUGUGUUGCGGUCGUGGCCAUAAUAUUCAUCAAUUCAAUAGAAAAUGGCAGUGCCGAUGUAAAUUUAAAUGGUGUUGUGAAGUUCAAUGUGAUAUUUGUCAUGAACGCAUAGAACAGUAUACCUGUAAAUAGUGCAUAAGAACAACUGAAAUACAAAACAAAUAAAAAAAAAUUGUAGCAACGAAAAUGAGAGAAAGGAACACACACAAAACAAGAAAACAAACGAAAGCACUUUCAUACAAAUGCUACACCACCUCCCCAUAAAAUGCCAAACUUAAACCGAAACCGAUUACUCAUUGUGGGCAGAAUGACCGCGAACCGAAAACGGGAAUGAUGAGAUUUCAUUUAGUAGAGUGACAAAUUAUAACAAAAAAUGAGAUGAUAAAUUGUAAAUAGAAAGAGCUUAGAUUUUUAAAUAAUUGAAAUGGCAUUCAGUACUUAAGAGGGACAGACAGAUUAAAAUGAUUGAUGGAAAGAAAAAUUGAUGAAAGGCAUCCCAUUUCAAAUUAGAUCGUAAGCCA